AUGCCUGAGACAAAUCAUUCUUUAGCAACCGAAUUUAUCCUCGUGGGAUUUACAGAUAACCAAAAUCUGAAGGUCCUUCUGUUUGUGGUAUUCUCUGCCAUCUAUCUGGUCACCAUGGUGGGGAAUCUAGGGUUGGUGGCCUUGAUUUACAUGGAGCGCCGUCUUCACACACCAAUGUACAUCUUCCUGGGCAACCUGGCUCUCAUGGAUUCCUGCUGUUCCUCUGCCAUCACUCCCAAGAUGCUGGAGAACUUCUUUUCUGAGGACAGAAGGAUUUCCCUCUAUGAAUGCAUGGCACAGUUUUAUUUUCUCUGUCUUGCUGAGACUGCAGACUGCUUUCUUCUGGCUGCAAUGGCCUAUGACCGCUAUGUGGCCAUAUGCAGUCCCCUGCAGUACCACACCCUGAUGUCAAAGAAACUCUGCAUUCAGAUGACUAUAGGAACUUUCGUAGCUAGUAAUCUGCAUUCUAUGAUUCAUACGACCUUUCUAUUAAGGCUAACUUUCUGCAGAUCUCAUAAAAUUGAUCACUUUUUCUGUGAUAUCCUUCCCCUGUAUAGACUCUCCUGUACUGACCCUUUUAUUAAUGAACUAAUGAUAUAUAUUUUUUCAAUGCCAAUUCAAAUCUUUACUAUUUCCACUGUCUUGAUUUCUUAUCUUUGCAUUAUUUUCACUAUUUUCAGAAUGAAAUCUAAGGAGGGGAGAGGUAGAGCAUUUUCAACUUGUGCAUCCCAUUUUCUGUCAGUCUCAAUAUUCUACAUUUGUCUUCUCACAUAUAUUCGACCAUUCAAAGAAGAAUAUAAAGGUAUACUAGUGUCAAUAUUUUAUACAAUAGUAAUUCCCUUACUAAACCCUUUUAUAUAUAGUCUGAGAAAUAAGGAAGUGAUAAAUGUUCUCAAAAAAGUCAUGAGGACCUACAACAUUCUUAUACUUCAUCCUCUACUGCAAACGGUUUUUGAUUUUUGGAAAUGCUUUCAUAAAUAA